AUGAAGGAUAUCGCGGCCGAGAAGAAACACUCCCGCUUCUUACCCAUAGGUGAAUGCACAGUUAAGGAAGGAUUACUGUACUAUCAAGGCCUACUAUACAUCCCUAACGACGCCGCUAUCAAGUUGGAGAUCCUCCGCACCCACCAUGACGCACCUUCGGCAGGACACCCAGGACGGGCACGCACGCUGGAACUACUAUCCCGGAACUUCUACUGGCCCCAAAUGCGGAAGUCCGUUGCCCGUUAUGUGGACCACUGCGAUACCUGCUCCCGAAUUAAGCCGGCCCGACAUGCCCCGUAUGGCCUCCUCAAACCAUUGGCUCCCCCAGUCAAACCUUGGUUUUCGUUAUCCAUGGACCAUGUUACAGGCCUACCCGAGUCCCAAGGAUCUAACGCCAUCUUAGUGGUGGUCGACCGGCUAACCAAAAUGGCCCACUACAUCCCCACGAGAGACACCGUCGACGCCCCGGAACUGGCCCGACUAUUCCUACAACACGUCUGGAAAGCACACGGGCUGCCGAAAGACAUAGUAUCAGAUAGAGGCACAACCUUUACCUCGCAGUUUUGGAAGUCACUCUGCGGCCAACUGGACAUCAAACCCUGA